AUGUCAAAACGUCGUGCGCAGUGUUCAGUGUCACGUGUUGUGUGGCAGCUGAAGCGGGGGCUCGCAGUAGUAGACGUGGACGAGGACGUGCAUCCCAUGUGGGCAAGGCUGCGAUGUGCAGCCCUCCUCCUCCACGAUGGUCCGCACAACCUACUCGUGCGCCACGCCAACGGCUGCACCUCCGAAAACCUCCCUCUGCGCUUCAAGGACGUCGUAGUCGAGCUUCGGGAUACCGACUUCAACGCCGGCUUCCGACUCCGCGACUGCCUCCCCCGCCUCGAGUGGCCUGCGCUCGUCGACGCCGCACGCAAGCUCGGGGAUACACCCCUUCCCGCGGAGCAGCUGGAGAUGGCGGACGACGGCUUCCUGAAGAAAGCGCACCACGUCUUGAUUGAAGUGCGCCCUGAUCCUCCCGUCGUCCUCCACGCUCACGCUCACCCCUACGUCCCCUGGGCUCCCCAGAUCCACGUCGAGGAGGGCGCGACGGGGUGCAGCCACGUCCACCCGUUCGCGAACGGCGUCCCGAACAUGCUCCUCGCGGAACACGACACCGGCUAG